GAAACACCCGCAGACCGGACAUUUGAAGCCACCACCAAUAGAUAAGAAAAAACAGUCCACCUCGCCGCCGCCGAGAAGAUGGGCGAGCGGCGGUACACCGAGCAGGAGGAGGCCCUCGAGAUCAAGUCCCUCCGCCGCAUCAUCGCCGCCUACGCCAACUAUCAAGAUGCAGCAGAAAGGGAUGUCAAGAGAUAUGAACAAUCAUUCAAAAUGCUUCGUCCUGCCCACAAGGAACUUCUUUUCCACCUUGGUCUGAAGUACCAAAGACUGAGAUGGUGCAUAUCCAUUAAUGCAGCUUUUAUGAUGAACAUGCUUGAGGCAUUUGAACCUCCUUUUGACAUGAGUCAGUAUGUAGAUGAUGAUGGUCAUGAUUAUCCAGUGAACAUGCAUGAACAUAGUCAGGCGGAUUGUGCUCAUUCCAGUGAGAGGGAUGAUUGCUCGAGAAUAUCUAUCUCUAGAAGCAGUUCCUUAUUGCAUGAGCAGCAUGAUUGCCCCAUAGAAGAUACCAGGACCCAUGAAUCUUCAAGAGAAACUGACAGUAAGAAGGAUGAGGAAGAUCACAUGGCAGGCUGUUCCCAGUCUGUUGGCAACAACUUGGGAGUGUCCCAAGGUGGAGGUGUACCAUGUAAUGAUGAUAAAGAUGCGAGUACAGCAGCUUAUUGCAAAGAUAAAGAUUGCUCUGCAUCUUCUUCUGUUGGACAUGUAACACCACGACACUGCACAGCUUCAUUGUUCAAGUUGAAUGUUCCUCCAAUUGAUGUUGACAAGGUAAGAUGCAUCGUAAGAAAUAUCGUGAGAGAUUGGGCUCAGGAGGGUCAAAAGGAACGUGAUGAGUGCUUUAAGCCCAUUCUCGAGGAGCUUAAUCGUCUUUUUCCUAACCGGAGCAAGCAGAGGCCCCCUUCAUGUCUAGUCCCUGGUGCUGGGCUUGGGAGAUUGGCUCUGGAGAUCUCUUCUCUGGGUUUUGCAAGCCAGGGGAAUGAGUUCUCAUAUUACAUGCUGAUUUGUUCAAGUUUCAUCCUGAACCACGCCCAAGAGGCCAAUGAAUGGACUAUAUAUCCUUGGAUACACAGCAACUGCAAUUCUCUUUCAGACAAUGAUCAACUUCGGCCUGUUUCAUUUCCUGAUAUUCAUCCCUCAAGUGCUGGUAUCACAGAGGGAUUUUCUAUGUGCGCUGGGGAUUUUGUAGAGGUCUACAGCGAGGAAAGCCAAGAAACUGCAUGGGAUGCUGUUGUAACGUGCUUCUUCCUGGAUACGGCACACAAUAUUGUUGAAUAUAUUGAGAUUAUAUCAAAAGUUCUCAAGGAUGGUGGGGUCUGGAUAAACUUGGGUCCGCUUCUUUAUCACUUCGCUGAUUCAUAUGGGCCAGAUGAUGAUAUGUCUAUUGAGUUAAGUUUGGAAGAUGUGAAAAAGGUCGCUUACCAUUAUGGGUUUGUGAUGGAGGUAGAGAAUAUGAUAGACACCACUUACAGUGCAAAUAUGAGAGCAAUGAUGCAGAAUCGAUACCGUGCAGCAUUCUGGACAAUGAGGAAGAAUGCAUCUCGGUCAAAAGCUCAGAAGCGUCAGUGAAGCGAACAUCAAUCCAUGCUGUGUAAUUAGUGGCAUACAAGCUAUUAGGCUAUCGAACAGCCCAUGGUGAUAAUUAUCCAAGACGGGACAACUAGGAUGACCAGUUCGCGCCAACAUUUUUCACAAUUGUGCUCAAACUCCACAUCGAACUGUGCAGUGAUUACUUUGAUAAACUCAUCAGAGAAGCUGCCUGAUUUGCAUAGAAUUUGCUUGGCAUUACGUAGGAAACAGUGAAGUCCGUUUACUCGGACCAUGUGAUGCAAGUGGCGUAGGAAAAAAUAUGAGCUAGUGUAUAAUUAGUUGGAUCGGGGGACUGGUGACACAAGAUAUAUUGUUGGUAGAACCGCAACGUUGAUUUCUAAAGCGGCAAGCGAUUGAGGUGUAACUUCUGAACUGUAUUGUACUUCAGUUUCUUUUGUUCUGUCCACUUUGGUUACGAUAGAUGGAAUCAGCAUUUGGAUGGUUCAGUGGCAAAUUUGCAGUU